ACCAAGGCGAGGGCCGCGAGGUCGGGGGACCAAACUUGUUUCAGAAGCAUCUAGAUAGCCCAAAAGUCACACUCGAAUUCAGAUGAGCUCUCACAUGCACCUCUGUCAUCUUGUGAGUACUGUCACUCCCUGAGAAGAGUUGCUUCUCGUGGGUCAUUGCGGCUGUUCUACUUGGUGUCUGACCUCCCCAAAAUAUUCACGCGAUGACAGAAUUUGCUAAGCAUAACAAAGUAAGAGGGCAUUUCUGAGUCUCUGGGAGGCUCUACAACAUCUUAAUGGCAUCGAAUCUUGAUGGUUAGAAGUGGGGUAGACCCCCGCCUUAACUCCGAUGAAGCAGCCACGUGACUUGAUACUCCGAAGAGUUCCGAGCUUCCGAUGCACGUGCGUCGAUGUCAUCCGUUCCGACAUCAGCCGAUCGUUGCCUGAAAUGGUCACCAACGUCUUUCUGCUGUGUCUCUGGUACAGUUUCUCACACGGCGCCGACUUGAUUUGUUCGCGAAUGACAGAACUGUUCCUCGUUAUGGACGAGCAACCAGGUCUUGAAGGAUUGUUGAGCAAGUAUUUUCAAUGCGCAGUUUCCAGGUUGACUCAGCAAGAGGCAGUCAUCUAUCCCACCGAGAAUCCUCGGUUCGAGGGUGCGAAUUCCCUUCCAUUGACAGCGGGUUACGGCACGGUGCAGAUGCGGACGGAAGCGUGUACACUACGAAUACACUAUGCUCUAGAACUUGGAAAAGUUCCAUGCCAUCAGCCCUUUCGAGCCUGACCAGAGCGGUCUGGAAAGUUCGCCUCCUACCGACAUCAUCCGCCAUCGGACGCAUGGCAUGGUAAAUUCGAGACCAA